UGGGGGCGGACUUUUUGAGCGCAGCCCGGCGCCGCUCAGAGCCGCGGCAGCCGGGAGCGGGGCGGCUGCUUCUCCCUCUCCGCCCCGAGGAGGAGGAAGAGGAGGAAGAAGAGGCUCCGACCGCCGCCUCGCCGCUCCUCUCACCCUUUCCCCCUUCCUCCCCACACCUUUAUGGACGAGCGCCGGAGCUUGCUGCACUCUCCUGCCGCCUCCUCCGCCGGCCGGCCCCCCAGCAGCAGCCACCACAACCUGGGCUACACCGAGCAGCCGCCCCCCGGCGCCCCGCAGCCGCUCCCCGGCCACGAGGAGGAAGAGGGCGAGGAGGCGGAGGAAGGCAGCAUGACGGUGGUGGGGGGCUCCGGGGACCCUUUGCCGGAGGAACCGCAGCAUCCGCACCCAUUGCUGGGGGGGGAACGCUACGAGCACCCCGCGCCGCCCGCCGCCGGUCCCGCAGGGCACACCACGGAGGUCAGCGGAGAGCACGAGUGCUGCGAGCGGGUGGUGAUCAACAUCUCGGGGCUGCGCUUCGAGACUCAGCUCAAAACGUUGGCGCAGUUCCCCGAGACGCUGCUGGGGGACCCCCGCAAAAGGAUGCGGUACUUCGACCCCCUGCGCAACGAGUAUUUUUUCGACCGGAACCGGCCCAGCUUCGACGCCAUCCUCUAUUACUACCAGUCGGGAGGGCGCAUCCGACGACCCGUCAAUGUCCCCAUUGAUAUCUUCUCCGAAGAGAUCCGUUUCUACCAGCUGGGGAAGGAGGCCAUGGAGCGCUUCCGGGAGGAUGAGGGUUUCAUCAGAGAAGAGGACAAGCCCCUUCCCCACAACGAGUUUCAGCGCCAGGUCUGGCUCAUCUUUGAGUACCCUGAGAGUUCCAGCUCAGCCCGGGCCAUCGCCAUUGUCUCCGUCUUAGUCAUCUUGAUCUCCAUCGUCAUCUUCUGCCUGGAGACUCUGCCUGAGUUCAGAGAUGACCACGACUAUGAGGGAACCGGGGGGACCUUUGGGACGGGUGGUGGCCCUCUCCCACCUGAUGUCUUCACCAAUUCCUCGUCCUCGGCCGUUUCCAUGGUGUCGUCCUUCACAGACCCUUUCUUUGUGGUGGAGACACUGUGCAUCAUCUGGUUCUCCUUUGAGCUGCUGGUGCGUUUCUUUGCCUGCCCCAGCAAGGCCACCUUCUCCAAGAACAUCAUGAACAUCAUUGACAUUGUGGCCAUCAUCCCCUACUUCAUCACCCUGGGCACUGAGAUGGCUGAGAGGCAAGGCAAUGGCCAGCAAGCCAUGUCCUUGGCCAUCCUCCGAGUCAUCCGCUUGGUGCGGGUCUUCCGGAUCUUCAAGCUGUCCCGGCACUCCAAGGGGCUGCAGAUCCUGGGUCAGACACUCAAAGCAAGCAUGAGGGAGCUAGGUCUCCUCAUCUUCUUCCUCUUCAUUGGGGUGAUCCUCUUCUCCAGUGCUGUCUACUUUGCUGAGGCUGAUGACCCUGAGUCUCAUUUCACCAGCAUCCCUGAUGCUUUCUGGUGGGCUGUGGUGACCAUGACCACUGUGGGCUAUGGGGACAUGUACCCCAUGACAAUUGGGGGCAAGAUCGUGGGCUCCUUGUGUGCCAUCGCGGGGGUGCUGACCAUCGCCCUGCCCGUGCCUGUCAUAGUCUCCAAUUUCAACUAUUUCUACCACCGGGAGACAGAAGGUGAGGAGCAAGCCCAGUACAUGCAUGUCGGGAGCUGCCAGCACCUUUCGUCUACUGAAGAGAUGAGGAAGGCACGCAGCAAUUCCACCCUCAGCAAAUCUGAGUACAUGGUGAUAGAGGAGGGGGGAAUCAACCACAGUGCAUUCAAACAGGCUGCCUUUAAGACAGGCAACUGCACAACCACAAACAAUCCCAACUGUGUGAACAUCAAAAAGAUCUUUACGGAUGUUUAAUAAACACAGAGCGGCGGCGAAAGCUGAGGACGUGGUUAAAAAAGAAUAAUAAUAAUAACAAUGAUGCAAAAGUGACCGUGUGUACUUGGUGUUGUGUGGAACAUGCACCAUCGUCCGUCUGUCUGCGCCCUUGUUUUUUAUACGUUUAUUUUUGUAGAUCUUUUGGGGUUUUUUUGUUUCCUUUCUAAAGAUCCGAAAGGGAUUUAAUCUUCUCCAAAGAAAAGAGGACGGUCGAUGGGGACGGAGGAGGAGAACGAAGACAAAUGGCACCGCUGGAGCAGGUGUCUGUUCUGCAACGUGUUGCGGGGCUGCCUUUGUUUCCUGGCUUUUGGGGACGUCUCGCUUUGCUCCUGGUUUGCUCCCCCCUUCCCUGCAGGCGGUGCGGAGCCCAUUUCCCUUCCAUCUCAUAAGCUCACUUGUUGGAUUAACGGCCCCGGAUUGGGUGGGGAGAUGAGGAAAACAUGUUGCCGAGCUCUGGAAGGGGGCUGGGAGGAAACAACCCUUUCAUUUCGCACAGUCCCCGUUACCACGUUGUUACACAGCGCUCAGUGCUGGGAGGUGGUGUUCCCUUAGGGACGCACCGCAGAUCCCCUUUUCUCCCCCUAUAGAUCAUUCUUGUCUGAUCAGAAGCCGAAUGCAAUCGGUUCAAACUAAAACCCAACCCUCUUAUUUUCCACCCUUCCCUUGCAGCCCUGGGCAUGAUUUCACCCAGCGCAGGGUCUGUGGGUCCGUGUGCUGUGUUGGGCAGAGCGGGAUGGGGUGGCUGCAUGAGGGCUGUGAUUCCGAGCUGCCGAGCUGCAGACAAAGGGAUGUUUCCACCUUUUCCACCGCGUCUGGGAGAGAUGCAGCUGCUUAUGGCAAGGAGAUUAAAGUGGUGAGCACGCCUUCCAGCGGAAGUCACUAAUUCGGACCGGAGUGAUGCAGUUGCUAUGGCCACCCUGGUUUCCUGGGAAACCCCAAAAGGUUGUCAUGGCAUCCCUUCUCCCAUCCCCCCCUCGGCCCUCACCCUUCCCUCCAAAGCCCUUCCAGAUGGUUCCAGCCCCACCACCCCAUGGCUCUGUACCGCACGGGGAUCCCAUCCUGCACCCCCAUCCGUGCCCCAUCCUGCAGCCCAUCCCCGCAGCCAAACACCCACCCGUAGGCAAUAAGCACUCCCCACAUCCCCCUCUCCCUCUCAAAGGAGUUCACACCUUGGCGGUGAGAUUUGGGAGCCUGCAAAUAUGAGUGGAGAAAGGACCGCCUUCACCUCACCUGGAGCAAAACCCCAAAGUGUCCUCCAAGGGCAGAAAUGAAAGCUCAGCCAUGAAAGCUCAGCAGCCUUUGGAAACCAUGGGGACAAAUGCAGAGCUAGAAAGAGCAAGAAUGCAAUGUAAGCCCAAAGUCGCCAGGGAAAAUGUGCCUCCUUCAUCCUUCUGUGCACACCGGGGGCUGCAGGACAUCUGAUGGGAUCAGAGAGCAGAAAAGCUGCAGUGUGAGAGCUUCAGGACCGUGCUUGGGGAUGAGACAGCUAUCAAGGUGAUGGCACCCACCGAUGGAUGGAGCUCCCCACCCCGACCUGCUCCUCGUCUGUGUCUUCUCACAAGUGCAUUAUUACGGAUGGAAGGUUUUUGUGCAAUGUGAUGAGACACCACCAAGCCAGGAAGGAAAGCAAAAGAAAAAGGACAGAGGUGGAAAUGGGAUGGGUGUUAUUUCAGGGUUUGGGGGGUUUUUGGUUUGUUUGUUUGUUUGCUUGUUAUAUAAAAAACUCUUGGAAGGUUGAGCAAUCAGAAGGGAAAUGCUGAGCAGAGCCGCUGCUGGGCUGUCCAAGUGUUCUGCUUGGGGUGGGAGCGAAGCAGGGACACGUGGGUUGCUCUCAGUGCUCCCAGUGACACAGGCUGGUUUUGGCCAUAGGAACUGAACAAGCUCUGUUCUAUUUUUCUGGCUUUCCUGUCUAUGCUCUUUAUAAAUAGGUAUGUGCUGCACCAAAGGCGUUCCUCCCUGCAUCCUGCAAUGGGAGCCGUGUCCUCCUGCCAGGCUGCAGCUCACCAGCACUGGAAUGAAUGCCAAAAGGUGUCUGGUGUUUGGGGGUGAGGACUGAGCCCAUUUCCAUCCCUGCAAGCCCCAAAUAACCCAAUGGUGCUCUCAUCCCAUUGCGAUGGAUGGAGCUCAUAGGGCUCUAUGUGCUCUGUGUCACAUCCAGCCCUGCAAAACAUCUGCAAAAUGAUGGGUUUGCAGCCUUCCUGCAGCACAUAUCCCGGUCCUGAGGGUGCAAAAGGGAUCAAACAAAUAAAUCUGCAGUGAUCCUACAGGGGCAAACAACUGUCUGCCUGCAGGAGGGUCGGGGCUGCAGACAGCCCAGCACCCCAUGAGAUGGGACCCAACACCCCCAGCACCCCCUGUGGGCAGGAGGAGAGCUGAUUUCCUCUUGGGAAACCCUGGUCCCGGAGGUGUUGAAUUUAGUUUCUUUUGGAACAUUAAACAGUAGCCCUUAAAAGUGGGGAUAGAAUGUAUCAGUACUAAAGUUAUUUUUCUUUCUCACUGUUACCCGGAGGUACUUUUUGUUUAUGAGCUAUGUGUGUGCCCACCGUGGUUGUGCCUCAUCCAUUUUCAGUGAGCUCUGUGUUAAAGCAUCUCUCUGCUUGGGGUUGGAUGGGAUGGGAAGAGCAGAGCCCUUCUGUUGGGUUCUGAAGCACUGAUGCCCCCAAUGGGUGCCAGCAGCUCUGCUCCCCAAACCUCACCUCCCCCAUGGACACCCUGAGUGUCCCCAUCCAUUAUAAGCAGUUGGUCUCUAAGGGUCCCUUCCGACUCAGUUCAAUCACUCUGUGACAUCUCCAACUCGUGGAAAUCACCAAAUUUCAACCUGUUCUCAGUGUUGUACAUAUCAGCUCUGGCAGCAAAACCACCUUUCAGCCCACAUGUGCUCCAUGCUGUUGGAUUUCUUUCGCUUGAUUGCUGACCCGGCUAAUUGUUAAUGUGCUUUCUCCAAAUAAGCGAGAGUUUGAUAGUCUUUAAUUGUCGGUCUGGUGUAUUGUCUGCAUUGCUACGACUCCGAAUAUAGCCCUGUGUGUUUAAUAGAUAACCAUCAUACCAGGAUAGCCACUCAGAGAUGUCAUUUUGAGGGGAGAGCUGGAUUUGGCAAGGGAAGGCAAAUUAUAGAUGUAUCCAGUCGAUUAAAAAACAAACAAAAAAAAAGAGAGAGAUUUAAUGAUGGCUGACAGCAAGAGAAGAUCCCAAAAAAUAGCGUGUAUUUAUUCCCAUAAUCAUCCGACUGCAGGCUGCUCAUCUUUAUUCAUAGCCCUUCAAAGCCACGCUCAGAGAUGCUGAGGAAGCCGUGUGCGUCGUGCAGCGCUUGAGACGCCAAACACGUCUGAGCUCCUCCUGCUGUCUGCAGCCCUCCUCCCUUCCCAUGUCAGUGUGCUUGAUGGCAAUGGGAGCUUUGCCAUGGGGUGGAUUUGCAGGGCAGGGCCCCAGGGUGCUGUAGGCAGCACUGGGAUGGCAUCUUCCAAAGGAAUGGGCUGAGAUCUGCUGUCCUCCUCUGCUGUUUUGCUCUGAUGACAGCAAGGCCAGACCAGCAGCAGUGCCAUUCCAGAGAGUGUUUUGGUGCAGGACAACUUACCCAGCUCUAGAAAAGCCAUUGACAUAUCGGAGCCUUUGUGCUAUUAAGAGGAGAAGUAGCAAUGGCAUGGAGUUGUGGCCCAGUGCCUGAAAUGGGGCAGUCUCAGUCAAAAUAGUGUGUCUUUGCUACCAUCCUGCCACUGUUAUAUGGGAAAUGGGACUUGGCCAUUUGUUUGGGUACCAACAGAGUGAUGUCUGAAAGAUGAACCCAUACACACCCAACCUGGUGCGUAGGGCAGAAAGUUGUUGUUAUGGAGGGAUGAGUGUUCCCAGGGCCAAACUGAGCUCCUCCCAAGGGGAAGGGACUCUUCCUUCAGGACCUGAGGUCCCAAAGCUUUGCAAGAGGGGAACACCACAACCUGACCGAGCACCCACUUCUCCCACAGGAGGUCUUAAUUUCUUCAUUCCCCAUCAUUUACUAUGCAAUUCGUUUCCACGAUUUCUUCCUGGCUGGAUGUAACGUUAACAUUGCUUUCCAUGUCAUCAGGCAGCGCUUUGGCUGGUGAUGAGAAGUCCUCAGGACUAUCUCAGCAGCAACACACACAGGGAUAUUCCAACAGCAACAUCCUGCCUCCCGAAACCCAACACACCAACCCAACAACCCAGCGGCCUUCUCUGCACAGAGGCCGAAUCCGGAGCAGCCAGGCUCUGCAGAAACAACUCCAUUUGUGGCUGGAGAUGCAAAGCUCAGCCUCGUUGCACUGCUUUCCUUUUGGUUUUGGUUUGCACAGUGAGCUGUGUUGCCCCAGUUUCAAUUUGUUCUGUCGGUGCUGGUUUGAUGCUCCAACAAACAUCCCCGUCGUCCUGGUGACCCCCACUGUGCUGUGGGCUGCAUAUUCAGCUCCACACGGGUGGGUGGGUUUUUGGGUUCUUAUUUUCUGGUUUUGUGGGUUUCUUUUUUUUUUACCUGAUGUCAAACUUAUUUUUUUAAUUUUUUUUUUUUUUUUUUUUUUUUUCAUUAGGACUCAAAACUGUUCUUUCAUACGCAAAGAUCAAUAAAAUGGCUGAAACACGA